CAUUAACAGAGAAACAUGGCAGAAGAAGCUCCAGCAGCUGCAUCGGCGAAAGCCCCGGCAAAAGCCCCGAGGAAGAAGUCCGCUCCUAAAGCCAAAAAGGAUGGACCCAGCCUGUCCAAGCUCAUCGUGGCCGCCGUGGCCGAGUCCAAGGAGCGAAAGGGCAUUUCUCUGGCGGCGGUCAAGAAGGUCCUGGCCAGUAAAGGAGUGGAUACGACUAAAGCCAACAAGCGGAUCAACACGGCUGUCACCAAGUUGGUCAGCAAUGGUACCCUGGCUCAGACCAAAGGGACCGGGGCAUCCGGCUCCUUCAAGCUCCCCAAGGAUUCCCAAGCCGCUAAACCAGCCAAGAAGGUGGUGAAGAAGAAGGCUCCAGCAAAAGCCAAGAAGCCCGCCGCUAAGAAGGCCAGCACUCCUAAAAAACCCGCUGCUAAGAAAGCGGCAGCAGCCAAGAAGUCUCCUAAGAAGGCACCUGCCAAGAAAAGCGUGAAAAAGGUGACAAAGAAGAGCCCCAAAAAGGCCGCCCCUGCUGCCAAGAAGCCAAAGGCUGCUAAGAAGCCUGCAGCUAAGAAACCUGCAGCCAAGAAAGCUGCACCUAAAAAGGCUCCAGCUAAGAAGGCCAAGAAGUAGACUGCUACUUCCACCAGCACUCAGUGCACCAAAGGCUCUUUUCAGAGCCACCACGGCUUCAUCUUAAGUGCUGAUUCCCUAUAAGCAUGAAUUGCUGAAUAAGUAGAUAAUAUCCUCAAACUUAAAAGUAGUAAUUGGAGUGGCCGAUCAAUGGAAUGAUCAAAAUCAGUUUAUUUCACUCAUAACUGAACCUUCCCAUUCCCCAUGGGUCAGCCUCAUCCAAAUGAUUCACAGAAACACCCUAAAAUAAAGAGCGCAUUUGAAACCUGAUCACAAGCUUAGAUCACAAUAUUAACGCUGAUAAAUAACUCCAUCUGAAAAUAUUUAUUUG